AUGAUCCCCAAUACACUUCUUGUAGCUUUGUCAUUACUACUUUUAUCAGGGUGUAUAGCCGCUGAGUCGCUGUAUCAGAUCCUUGGAUUGAGAAAGGACGCUUCUGACGCCGACAUCAAGAAAGCAUAUCGGAAAUUGUCAAAGAAGUAUCACCCCGAUAUCAAUCCUGAUGAAGCGGCACAUGAGAGGUUUAUAGAAGUUUCUAAGGCGUAUGAAGUUUUGUCAGAUACAGAGACAAGAACAAUAUACGACCGACAUGGCGAUGCGGGUCUAAAGCAACAUGAAGCGCAGAAACAGGGAGGGGGAAGAAAUCCACAUGAUGUUUUUGCUCAUUUCUUCGGAGGAGGAGGUCCUGCACAGGAACAAAAAGGACCUAGUAUGCUCACCAACGUUGAAGUAAAUUUGGCCGACAUGUAUACUGGUCGGAAUCUCGAGUUUCAAGUCCCUAGAAAAGUCAUAUGUACUCAUUGUCAUGGUUCUGGUGCAGAAUCAGAGAGUGACAUACACCAAUGCACCCAGUGUGGAGGACAAGGUGUCAUAGUACAACGUCAACAAUUCUUCCCUGGUAUGGUCGGUAAUGUUCAAAUGACCUGUCCCUCAUGUGGAGGGAAAGGCAAGCAGAUUCGACGGGCUUGUCACUUAUGUCACGGUAACAAAGUCAUCGAUACUCAAAAUACCUUGGCUGUACAUAUUCCUGCUGGAGCACCAGAGGGGUAUGAAGAAAUCUUUCAGGGUGAAGCGGAUGAAGGGGUAGACUGGGAGGCGGGAGACGUCAUCGUACGUGUUCGUAGUGAGCGUGUUGAAGGAAGGGGGGAAUGGACGAGGAAAGAGUCCGGUAUAAUGGGAAGAGUCACACUCAGUGUGGCCGAGGCAUUGUUGGGUUUCGAAAGAAAUUUGACGCAUCUUGACGGAAGAACAAUAUCCAUACAACGAAAGGGCACCACACAACCGGGAGAAGUCGAAGUGAUAGAGGGCGAGGGUAUGCCAUCGUUCGGCGACAUACCUCAAGGCGAUAUGUACGUCGAGUAUAGCGUGAUACUCCCUGUCGAAAUCGCCGACGAUACGAGAAUAAAACUUGCGGAUUUAUUCAAUCAUCAAAUUUCCCACAUCUCAAGGGACGAAUUAUGAGAACUUAGACUUGCAUGUCAUCUUUUCCAGCAUAA